AUGGCGUCUCCAGACGCUGCCACCGUGCAGACAGUCAAGCUCAAGAUACUCUACACCUUUGACCACGAAUCGAAGGACAAUCAUCUGGCGAGAUGGCCACAUUCAGUCCAAGUCACCACUGCGUUCAUCGACAAUGUCAAUCAAAUUGGUGCUGUCGACCUCCGUACCUGCCUCGAAGCUGUGACCACCGCGAGUCCCGAACUCACGUCUCAAAUGGACAGCGACUACGCGGUCUAUGCCUACGACUACUCGGAAGAAGACACGCCUCUAGUCGGACAAGGCAUGCUGUCAAAACACAUGAUGGAGGUCAUAGGCGCGGACACAGAGAACAUGGUUACUGGCCGGAUUGUGAAGGGUCUCAUGGGUCUCAUGAGCAAGAAUGCACAGCCAACAUUGGAAGUCAAGCUUCGAUUGAAGCCUGUGGCGACAGCGUUCAACAGACAGCGCUCUGGUAGCAUGAGCAGUCAAGACGGCCGACCGGCGUGGUUGCAGAACCCGGAGUCUGCCUUACAGAGAUCUGCCUCGCCAAUGGACACCACCGGUCUUGAGAACAUGCAACGUAUGCUGAGCGAUGGCAUGCCGCGUACGGAUGGAUACCCUCAUUCACGUCCAGGCAGCCGUGCUGGUACCCCAGUCUUCCAAUCAUACGACCAAUCGAUGCGACCCAUAUACGAUGACUCGAAUCGACCGAGCUCACGUGCUGCUGUCCGACCGCAGCCGUCGAACAACCGACAUGACUCAUUCAGCGGCUACUAUAGUGCAGACGAUAUGGUCGAAGAAGCACCAGCUCGGAAACGCGCCAAAACAACGAAGGUCAAGCAAGUCACCAAGGAUAGCUUCAACAUCGAGCAACAGCCACAAGAUCUUCGUGCGAUGGCUGGCAAAGCCAGUAGUCUACGCUUGCACCGUCCAACGCCAAUACAUCCAGCUGGCGUGCCCAACAAUGUUCUCAUGAGUGAGGAGCCAGUACGACCGCCAACGCCCGUACCUACGAAGCGUCCAAGGGGACGACCAAAGAACUCGGAUCGCGGGAAACCCGAUCGCGGCAAACCACUGUUUCCAGCUUUGAAUCCGGCCGCAGUGAUGGCGCGAGAGAUUGUGGCUAAACAGCAACAUCACCAGGUGCAGCAGCAGAUCGUGCGGGCUGAGGCGAAUGAAUCUCAAAUGUCUCCAGAAGAUACGCGUGCACGAAGCGUGUCCAGCACGCCCGCCAACAUCCCGUCCUCGCCUCCCAUAAUGCCGACGAUGGCCGCACGCACCAGUCCCAUGUUGCCACCCAUGCGAGAAUCCCUCGACUCCGGAAUCGGCAGUUCUACUCUCGACGAGGAUAUCUUUGGUAAUAAUGGCAUGGUGAAUUUCGACAACUUCGAAUUCAAUAAGGAUGCGGACAUGCCGCUCGAUCUGAACUUCGAUCAGUUCACCGAAAACCAUUUUCCUCCGGUCUUUGACGAGGACACCCCGAUGCUAGCAGUACAAAAUCCUGACAGCCAUGGCAACUUCCACCACGACCAAAUAAUGCCUACGACGGAACUGCCCGAGGAAGUCAUGCCACCCCCACAAGAUCUCGCACAGUCACAAUCAUUGACGCCUGCCGACGCCUCGGUGGAAGCUACUGGUGAUACACCGCAGCCUGGGGAUGUCCAGGUCCCAGAAGUGGCAAAGCGAGACGAGUCUCAGCCACCGCCAAAGCUCGAGGGCACCCAACAAGCGUACGAUACAUGGGCUCCAGGCAGCGAUGCGCCGAUGUCAGAGGCACCCAGUGGCCAGACUGAUGACGGCAAAUCUCGAUCCAAGAAAAAGGUCGGCAAGGAGCAGACUAAGGCGCGCUUGAUGAAUGCUAUCAAUGCUGGAGAAAUCCCUCCUUACUGCGAUAAUUGCGGCGCAAUCGAGACACCGGCGUGGAGGCGUGGGUACGCAAAGGUCUUCGAUACGCCGUUUGGCUCACUUGAUGUGGGCUUAGGUCCUGGCGAGAUUGUGUACAAGCAUGAGCUCGAUCGCAACGAAGACGACACGAUAAAGACGUGGAGAGGCUACAAAGUGGACACAAGCGAACAGGACGUCGCCAAUGGGUGGGAAACAAUCUGCCUGUGCAAUCCUUGCGGCUUGUGGUUCCACAAACAGAAGUGCCCUCGACCAAAAGAGAAGUGGGAGAAGCCGACCAAAGGGCGCCGCAGACGCGGUAGAGGACCUCCAAAACCGACCAAGAAGCGUGUCACCAUAGCAGAUCGAAAUGCCCCAACCCCUGCGAGCGACGCGCCUGGUAGUGAGGACUCUUCUCCUGCGGACACAAGCACCGAGGCCCCUGAUGGCGACGACGCCUACGAAGAAAUGCAGGGCCUAGAUGAUACUUUGACGGACAGCAACGAACCACAGCUGCCUCCCAUGCCACGGCCGACUCGCGCUAGCAGUUUGGGACCUGCCACGAGAACAACGAACAGGGCUGUCCUAUCUCAACGACAGAUUCAGUCGAGUCCCACCAAGGGUGCCGGCCACACUCCCGAGGAACCUCAUACUGACCUCACGCCGAAGCCUGUGCGACGGCAGCUGUUCCCGUCUCCUCAGAAAAGUAUCAGUGCGCCUGCCUCUACUCAUGGAACUUCUGCGGCAUUCAAGACCGGAAUUAUGGCAGUUAGACGCAGCCCGAGGAUCAACAAGACCAAAGACAUAUUCCAGGUACCCGGUCUCGCAGGUGCGGUUGCACUUACUAUUGACGGCAAGGAGAAUUUCACGCCCGAGUCGUUCAUGGUCGAUUCCUUCGGGUCCUUUGAUGACUUCUUCGACAUGGACAUGAGCCAGCCUGUGAACGAGCCAUCGGAUGCACUGAUGCUGCCACCAUCUACACCGCAUCGCCGGUCCGAACGUCUGCACUCGAAGACGCCGCAGCGGGCCUUCGGUGAUCCAGUCUCUCCAAAUGCCCAGCGAACUCCACGCAAAACUCCCAAGACGAAGCAAGCGGAAAACGAUGUUAUCCGCUCGCUCUUUGGCAGCGUGGUCAGUAAGCUAGACAAUAUGACUCCAAUAUCACGAAGCUUGCACGACGCCAUAAGUGCAGGCAACUGGAACGAAGAAACACUGACACCGAAUAAGCUACGGAAGCAACCAAUGCGAAGCUCGCCGAACAAGAAUGUGACCUUUGACUUCCCAGAUCUUCCCUCUUUGCAGGGCUCAUCCCCUUCUACGCGCAACGACGACCCGCAAUUCAGUGUCAACUUCUCAGAACUGCCGACCGAUAUCCUACAAACAGACAUGACUGCCUUCAGCACAGAUGCGCCAAUGCCUAGUUCGCCGCCUGCUGGGUUUGAUACAAUGGACUUCGGGAUCCAUCACGAUUCUGGGCUUGAUGACUGGACGCAGUUGCAGGAAGAUCAUGGUGUGAAGCCAGCAUAUCCAGAUCCGACUGAUCUGGGCAGCAACGUUCCCACCACGCCUAGGAGAAGUGGGAGGCACCGAGACUAG